AUGUUCCCCAUUAUGCGGAUUAUCACCUUAUUCACGAGGCUUAGUUUGCAUGUACCUUGCUUUUCAUAUAAUUCCACAGAAGAAAGUCACAAGGUUUAUGAACCUCUCAUCCUUUGUAACUCUCCACAAAUUCUCGUCCAAUAUUACUCACCACAACUUCCUACCCAAUGUUACUCUCAACAUCUUCUAGUCCAUUGUUACAUUCCUCAAAUUCCCGUUCACUCUAACUCUCCACAACAUCCCGUCCAUUAUUACUCUCCAUAUCUUACCGUCCAUAGUUACUUUCCACAACUUCCUGUCCAUUUUUACUUUCCACAACUUCCUAUCAUUGUUACACUCCACAAGUUCCCAUCUAUUGUUACCAUCCACAACUCCCCGUCCAUUGUAAUUCUCCACAACUUCCCGUACAUUGUAACUCUUCACAACUUCCGGUGUUACUCUUUUCAUCCUCUGGUCCUUUGCAACUCUCCACAAAUACCCAUCCACUGUUACUUUUCACAAGUUCACAUCCAUUGUUACUCUCCACAACUUCCAGAACAUUGUUACUCUCAACAAAUUCCUGUCCAGUAUUUUUCUCCACAAGUUCUCAGCCAUUCUUACUCUCCACAAAUUCUUAUCCAUUGUUACUCUCCAUUCCAGGUCCAUUUGUUUUUUAUUCACUUUUUUAUUUUAUUUACCUAUUUUUUCUUUCUUUCUUUCUUUCUUCUCAUCUCAAAUUGUUUUACAUUUUUCAGUUGCCGUUUUUUUUCUUUCUUUUAUCAUUCUGUCAAUUUAUUUUCCUGUCUCUUUAUUUUUCUUUUCCUCUUUCUCUUUACUUUUAUUUUUCUUUCUUUCUUUCCAUGUUUCUGUUCAAUUUAUUUUUUUAUCUUUAUUUUUCGUUCUCUCUCUCUACUUUUAAUUUUUUCUUUCUUUCUCAUUAUCAUUCUGUUUAAUUUAUUUUUCUCUGUCUUUAUUCUUCUUUCUUCCUCAUUAACUUUAUUUUUCCAUAUCUCUUUUUAUACUUCUCUCUCCUUUAUUCUUCCAAUCUUUGUUUUUCUUUGUCUUCCACUUUUAUUUUCUUCCGUUUUACUUAUCGCUCGGUCACAUUUCUUUGCCUUUCCAUUUUUCUUUUUUUUCUUUUUUUUCCCCUCUUUCCGUUUUUUCUUUCUUUCUUUUUAUCAUUCUGUCUUUUAUAUUUUCCUUUUUUUCUUUCAUACUGUGUCAUUUUCUUUUCUAUCUUUUGGCUCUUUGUAUCUUUCCAUAUUUCUUUUAUUUAAUCUUUACUAUUCUGUCGCACAUUUUGUCUCUCCCAUGAUUCUUCUUUCUCUCUUAUCAUCAUUCUUGUUUACUUCUACUUCCAUCUUCAUAAUUUUAUCUAAUUCCUUUUCUUUAACAUUUUAUCUCUUUUCUUUUUCUUUCUCUUUGCCCGUUUUCUCUCUCCACUUUUCUUUUCUUUUUAUUACUCUGUUGCACAUAUUUUCCUUGUCUUUUUCUUUCUCUAUUUCUGACUUUAUUUUUCUUAUUUCUUUUCGUCAUCCUCAUUUCCACUGUUUCUUUUCACGUUUUCUAUCUCUUUGCAUUUCUUUCAAAUCUUAUUUACUUUAUUCUGUCUCAUUUCUUUUCUUUAUCUUUAUUUUCCGGUCGGGUUUGCUCUACCACUUUCUUAUCUUUCGUUUUUUUUUUCUUGAUUGCUUUCUAUCACUUUUCUGUUUUUUUUUCUUUCUUUCUUACUUUUUUUCUUUUUCCUCCCUUUCUCCUUUCUUUCUUUCUUUCUUUCUUUCUAUCUUUUUUUCCAGAUUUCAGUCUUUCUUUCGAUUAUUUUUCUAUCUUUUCUUUCUUUUUUUCUUUUUUUCUUUCUUUCUUUCUUUCUUUCUUUCUUUCUUAUUCACUCUGUUCUUUUACGCUCACUAUUUACUUCUUUCUUUCUUUCUUUCUUUCUUUCUUUCUUUCUUUCUUUCUUUCUUUCUUUCUUUCCUUUACCUAUUCUAUCGCUUAGUUUUAGUUCGAUCUUUUCCUCUUCUUUUCUUUCGCAAUUUAUAUUAUUUUCUUUUCCCGUUUUCUUUCUUUUUUAAUUAUUUUCCGAUCAUGCAUACACUCUCAAUCUAUUUCUCAAUAGAGUCAUCUAAUGAUCUAUCUAUCUAUCUAUCUAUCUAUCUAUCUAUCUAUCUAUCUAUCUAUCCCGUCAUUUAUAAAAAGAAAAUGGUUAAAAGAAUAGCCCGGAUGUGCUACCUACGGUUGGUCGUAUAA